CAAUGAAACUAAGAUUAAUCUAAUCAACAUCACCAUCAAAUCAAAUGUCUUGACACUGAAAUUAAUACUAGAAUUAAUAAAAUAAAAUAAUAAAUAAAUGAUUAAUCAAAGAAAAUAAUACAGUAAUAAAAAUCCCAUGAAAUUCGUCAAUCUGUUAACUUAAAAAUCAGUCAGUGGCAGCAUCUUACGCUUUAUCUGAUGACAUGGAAAUAUCAGAUCACUUACACUACUAACCCUUUUUCAUCUUCUCUCUCACUCCUCUUCUUCCGCCUCCCUUUACUCUGCGCCCUUCUCGCUCUCCGUGCGCCGGUGGCGCUACCUCCCAUCCUGCGCCCACCUCUUUCCUCUUCAACCCUAAAUUAUAGCUUCUCCGCCGCCAUAAACCCCGAUUAUUUCGAGAUCUCCGCCGCCGGAAAAUCUUCGAUGUCCAAAUCUCGAGUUUACACCGAUGUUAAUGUUCUCCGACCUCGGGAGUACUGGGAUUACGAAUCUCUCACCGUUCAGUGGGGGGAUCAAGAUGAUUAUGAAGUUGUGCGGAAGAUUGGAAGGGGAAAGUACAGUGAAGUUUUUGAAGGAAUAAACGUCAAUAGUAGUGAACGAUGUGUUAUCAAGAUCCUGAAACCUGUGAAGAAGAAAAAGAUCAAAAGAGAGAUAAAAAUUCUUCAGAACUUGUGUGGGGGACCAAACAUCAUAAAGCUGCUUGAUAUUGUCAGAGAUCAGCAUUCCAAAACACCAAGUUUAGUGUUCGAGUUUGUUAACAGUACAGAUUUCAAAGUUCUAUAUCCGACACUUUCUGAUUAUGACAUACGUUACUACAUCUAUGAGCUUCUGAAGGCCUUAGAUUUCUGCCAUUCACAAGGAAUAAUGCACCGAGAUGUCAAGCCUCACAAUGUCAUGAUAGACCAUGACUUGAGGAAACUCCGUUUGAUAGAUUGGGGUCUGGCCGAAUUCUACCAUCCUGGCAAGGAAUACAAUGUUCGUGUGGCUUCAAGAUACUUCAAGGGGCCAGAACUUCUUGUUGAUUUACAAGACUAUGACUAUUCAUUGGACAUGUGGAGUCUUGGUUGUAUGUUUGCUGGAAUGAUAUUCCGGAAAGAGCCAUUCUUUUAUGGUCAUGACAAUCAUGAUCAACUUGUAAAAAUUGCAAAGGUACUUGGAACAGAUGAAUUGAAUGCUUAUUUGAACAAAUAUAAUUUGGAGCUUGAUCCUCAACUUGAUGCUCUUGUUGGGAGGCACAGCAGGAAGCCAUGGUCAAGAUUUGUCAAUCAAGAUAACCAGCAUUUGGUUUCCCCGGAGGCUAUCGACUUUCUUGAUAAGCUUCUUCGCUAUGACCACCAAGACAGGCUUACUGCAAAAGAAGCAAUGGCACAUCCGUAUUUUUCGCAAGUUAGAGCUGCAGAGAGUAGCAGAACGCGGACGCAAUAGUUCACCACUGGAUACAUACAUGAGAAGAGUGAUCUCCAUUGUAGGUUGUUGCAUGUUGAUUAAUUAAUGAUUAUAAUCCCAUCUAAAACAUCGCAGCUUCAGGCAGACAAGCCGUGGUUAUGCACAAGGGGGAUUAUAUGUAAAAUGCACCAUUAUAUCUUUAUAGAACUGCAAAUCUGUAAUGUUCAAACUAACUACGAUUGUCAUUUCAUUCCUGGAGCCCUUGUUACAUCACCUCUAUUUCAUCAUUGAGAAUAGUUUCUCGUUCAUUGAUUGCGGAACCUGUACACUUCUUGAAUGUAAGACCUGUACCAAAUUUAAUUUUUGCGUUUGAGUAAAUGAAGAUUGUGUAGUAAUUAAUUGUACCAUAA